AUGGCGGACGACUCUUCAUCAGUAGCAUCCUCAGUCAGCGAAUCAACCCAGGACUGGCCUCUCAACAAAGACGAUGACGAAACGUUAAUACCAAGCCUUGCCGACGUUCAACGUACUUUUAUUGAUGGAAAAAAUACCUGGAGAGUAUUCCUGGCCUAUGCGAGCACUGUAAUCCCAGGUCUCUGGCAGGCAAAUGCACUGGAUCCAUACAUCACCCUUGCAGACGUCCCAAGCCUACCAGAACGGCUGCCCCGGCGUGAAGUGAUAUACGGCAGGCCAUGCUGGGAACUGCCCCUCGACGUCAUGCAGCAUCACUCGCCAUGGGUGUCGGCUCAACAACGACAAAUAGUCUUGGUGUACUGGUCAUGUGCUAGUCCUACAUACUUUCCGUUCGGCUUCUCGAAAUGCAAGGCCGGCAGGUUCAAUACCGUACGAAUCGUCUCUGGCCCGGACGCCAAGGCAGGCAUUUCAUCGACCUCGAAGGCUCAUCACCCUCGCUUAUCAGCUGGCUUUCCGUACAAAGCAUCGUUCUUGGCUACGCUUAUGAUCCCCUUUUACAACUUCAUGGGGCUCGUUCCCUGUCUACCUCCUCCACAUCUCACCAGACCCCAAACAAAGUUCACUUUAUACAGUUCCCAUGAACAGAAUAUUCAGAGUCCGUGGCUUGCGUCAAUCUUGGACACACUAGAGCCAUUGAUUGAAAAGAAACAAGUUCAGAUUUUACUCAAUGUCUUUCUUGAGCGCCGACCUCGAAUCUUUGUCUGGUGGGUAGCUCUUUUCAUGCUUGGCGACGUGGCCGUCCUCGACUGGAUUCGACGAUAUCUGGUAACAAUGGAAGAAAAAUAUGGAUUCGGAUCACUAUCACCACCAGACCCAAUGGUGUCCGCCUGGACUGGGUCCAAACAGUCAUUUCUAGAUCUCGAAAAGGAGUCUAUUUAUACCAGCCGGGAUGAUUUCGUGUCCAGAGCCGACCUACUUCGAUGUCGCUUUGAUCUGAAACUUCAAGAUUCAGCCGGCUCAAAUCUAUCAUGGCGACCAUUCGGAUCCAUACAGAAGAAACAGGUUGAGCUCGAACUCCGGCCGCAACUCGAAACCAAGUAUACCCGCAAGUAUCACUCAUUCACGUGGUACAUCGACAAGAAGCAAGCAAUCUCCGACAAAGGCUUUCGAGUGUGUACUGGGAGAAAUGUGCACUUUCUAGAUGAAGAUAACUUGGGGAAAAUGCUUCCGCCUGUCAACUGGUUUCCGAGAAGUGUUCGAGCCAUUAAUGUCCGACCGUCCAGGGAGUCUACUCUCAUGAUGAUGGAAUUUCUGAUAGAAGACGCGGUAGGCAAUCGUGACUGGGCAAUUUCUGGUAUGAAAGAGCGUGAGAAAUUUAGUUGGUUGCGUGACUGGGAAGGCCUUGACUUUAUGGAUGGAGCACUGACGGAUGUCGGGAAAUUGGUUAAGGCACCAUCAUGGUUCCUUCAAAUGGAUUAG